ACUGCCCCGCCCGGCUGGUGGGGCCGCUCCACCAACCACGGCGAAAAGUGGCUUUUCGUCAAUGGGAUUGGUGGAGAGUACUUCUGGCUUCAGUUGUACUGCGAAAAGCUGCGGGACACAUAUCGAAGGAACAUUCAAGGCGUUUUCAACAGGAGCGACGGUCUCCUCUGGGACCUGGUCGAAUGUGCGGGGGAGAGGAAUAUAAACGGGGAACCAAACCCUCUCAUUCAAAGGACACAGAGCAGCAUAGCGGCCCAGAAAAUUCUGAAGCGUGAAUUGUCCGUCGCGCUUCAGGACAGGGGGUCCGACGGCUUCGUCGUGAUGAUCGCCUACUCUCAGGGCUGCCUCUUGUUGAGGCAGGUGUUGCAAGAAUUCGUGAAGGGGGGCUGCUAUCGGGAAGCGAUGGCGGAUCGACUGAGAGUCUUCACGUUCGGGAAUCCGAGCAUCGACUGGAUGGGCACGGACGCCCAGGCAAACGAGACCCCUCUCUGUGAGCGCGUCAACUACACUGAGCAUUCUGCGAAUGAGCGGGAUUUCGUAGCAGCGCUCGGGGUGCUGAGGACUAACCAGGAAGAAGCCCUACGUAAGGCUGGCUACAUACACGAAAGAUCGUCUGUCUUCAUCAACCAUGGCGAAGACUGGGUCGGUCACCUGUUCGGGACCCAGUACAGCCUCAGAAUGGAAGACUAUGAGUAUGGGGAAUGUUCCAGGUUGCUCGCAUGUGCUGGCGGACGAGAAAUGGGGUGAUAAACCGUUGACCUGUACAGGAAGUGUCGUGAAGGGUGGUAAAUGGAAGAAGUGAUAAAGUUAAAUCAGUUGAGCAAAGUAUGGCUGGGUUCUGCCUGUGUCGCAUGGGACUUGGUCAAUCGACCUUGCAUUAUCAAGAGCUAUCGUUUUGGACUCGGUGUAUAGCGGCCAAAAUUCAAUCUCCUU